AUGGCCCUCACUGCAACUGCACAAUCUGCUCUGCCCCACUCUCGCGGUCCGGUGUGGAACGAGGUUAUCGUUCCCACUCUUCGCAAACGUCUGAAGGACGAGAGUAAGAUAUUGGCGAAGCGGAUAUCAGCCGCUUCCAUAGGCUCAGGCGAUGACCACUCUUCCGACUACCAAUCGAGUGCGUUUUCUACCCCACCCACCCAGUUUUCGCAGUAUCAGAGGCCAAGCGCCAUACCUCGUCCAAGCCUGCAGCAUUCCAGAAAUGGAACAGACUCCUCGCAAGCCACACCGUCGCCCCCACAGACCUUCCACCGCGCUCGCACAUACUCGCAGCCAUACCUCUUCGACGAGUCCGGAGUAUUACUUCCUGAACCGACACCGUCGCGGUCGAACUCUCCUAUGAUCAAUGGUACGACCACUCGUAUCCCUGUCUCUCGUGGUAGGGCAGGCAGCUCCUCCAGCCACGCACAUGGCUCCACGCAUGGCAGCAUUGGCCGCCCCGAGGGCAGUGGUCAUACUUACAUAGAAUCCUCUGAUCUGUAUCCAGUCGAUGAAAGCCUGCAUACCCAUUCUACGCGCUCCACUGUCCGCAUACCGCCCGCCCAAGGGUCGCGCUUAUUUCGCGAACACGCACCGUUUGGUUCCGUCCGCUCGAUCGACUAUGACCCCCCACGCCUGUCUUCCGACUCCGAAGAGCGCCCAUUUGAACAUUGGUAUCGCGGAGAUGUCUCGAGGAACGGCGGCGUUGGUGAGUUGCGCGUCGGGCGGCGCGAAGAGAUGCUUGAUAUUGCGAGCUACGGUCACACGUUCCGCAAUGCUUCUUCACGCGCCGCGCUCAGCAGCUAUUCUCGCUCAAGAUCGAACUCGCGGGGCAGAGACACGGAGUCGCAUACAGGGAUGCGUUCGCGGGCGGAAGGUGUCGGGGCAACGACGAGGGAGAGCUUCUACCUCGAUGAAGACGAGCAUACACAGGACAUGGAUAUGGUGCUAGACGAGCAGCCGCUGACGGACCUGGAGAGCGACGGAUACGCAGAUCAGGAGGAGGUGCUUGAUUUGUACAGCGAGCAGGACGUGCUGCCUCACCCCAACGGGACCGUCUCCUCGCCCUCGUUGACGCUGAGUAACGACAUCUCUGGACACCGGUACGCGCAGCAGAGUGUUUCGCGAAUACCUAUGCCCUCGACGCGACACAUUUCACCACCUCCCAGGACGCCCACGCCUACGCAAGCUAUGCGUAGUAUGUCCGAGGCAAGCACCUCGUCAGCCACUUCCACUCCACGCUCGGAGCAACCCUCCCGCAUGCAACCCUCUCCGCAAAGCCAAACGCCAGUUAAGUCCGCUCCGUCGACUGCGAAGCGACGCGCGAAGAGUCCUGCGACUCCUGGGUCAGCUACUUCCUCGAAGAAACCGAAGACGAAGCCUCCUCCAUCCUCAAUGCAGAAAAAACUGCAGCUCAAGGAAGAAUACAGGAGAUCAGUUGGUGUGUACCCAGCGCCCGACGGCGAUAAUGUGGUAGAUGCUAUUCCAUCUUGGACCCAGCCCGUGCCUUCUGGGAACUGGGAUGAUGUCGUGCUUCCUGUCGUUGCUCGUAAGAAGGGUCUUGACGGUCACUACGCGACAGCGGAUGGAAAUCCACGCCCGAAGCCCAAACUUGCUGUAUAUGAGCCCGCACCAGGUACUUUCGGCUAUGAUCAUUCAAAGUAUCGGCCCCCAAAUGCCAACAUGGCACCCCAAGAUAUUCCCAUGGACGAGUUCGGGCAGAAGAAGGAAGUGGAAUCUGUUCUGAAUCCAGAACCGACACAUCAACCCAGUCUGGCACCAAAACCUUCCCCAGAACCAGACAGAGCCCGCCUGCGUCCCUCCCCACCACCGUCCCCUCCCCCCUUCUCCCACUAUGCGGAAAACAAUGACGAGACUACACUGCACGUCACCCAGUUCCCAAGUCCGCCUCGGCGGAAAGCCAAGGAUGGCCGAGCAGACGACGAUGGAGGUGCUGGAUGUUGUAGGUGCAUUGUUAUGUGA